AUGGUUUCGUUUCUCCGCCUUUUUUCCGAAAUUUUGAUUGCUGGAACGCUCCUUGUGCAGGCUUCCCCUAUCGCUCAGCCCCUAUCUGCGGAUGUUAUCUCUAAUGCCACCGCCAGCUCAUCCACCCUCGCUAUUCGAAAUGGACCAAGCCCAUUCUGGCUUAUUGCACAUAGGGUAUUGACUGUCGGAGGUGUUGAUGCUGCUAUCGCAGAUGGUGCAAAUGCUAUCGAAAUUGAUGUUUACGGAUGGUCUAAGGGAUGGUACGCGGAUCACGAUGGGCUACCAACAAGUGCAGGCGAUACAAUAGAGAAAAUGUUCAGUCAUAUUGCAUCACAACGAAAUGGUGGAAAAACAAUGAGCUUUGUCUGGCUUGACUUGAAGAACCCAAACUAUGUUAGCGGUGCAGUCAACAUAGCCUCUUUAAGACAACUCGCUCGGACUAUACUUCAGCCAGCCGGAGUCAAAGUCCUAUAUGGAUUUUCUGGCUCUGUGAACAAUUCAGCUGCCUACAAACUAAUUGCCUCCGGCCUAAAUGAAAAUGAGUCUGUUGGUAUUGAUGGGAAUGUUGACCCUGCCCUAAGUGCCUUCAACAGCUUCGGGCCUUCCGAUAUUAAGAAGCGUGUUUAUUCCAAAGGAUAUUACAAUCCAUUUCUCAACCUUAAUAAUAUUGUCUCGGAACUUGCCAAGGGUCAAUCCUCAGGGAAUUUCGGCAAAGUUUUCGGCUGGACGGCUUCAAAGCAAUCAUUCACUGCUGCACAGAGAAUGGUGACUGAGGGUAAUGUCGAUGGCAUUAUCUAUGGAUUUGUUGUGACUCACUAUUACAACCACGAUUCUGCCCGCGCGCCGCUUCAGACUAUCAAGAACGAACUCGAAAAGGUUAAAGACAAGCGGUAUCUUGCGACCAACAGUGAUAUCCCCUGGUGA